CUCGCCACUGAGCAGCUUUGUUCCGCUUGCUUUCCGAAUCUUUUCUACCGCCGCCGUCUUCCGUGCCGCAGAUCCCGGGAUCCUCUGUAGGUUUCGGAACGGGUUUUGAGAGGUGAGACAAACACCAGGUCAGGGAUGACUCAGGCGAUGUCGAAGAAGCGCCCCGGUGCGAAGCCGACCCUCGGGCCGGUUUGCAGCUACCCUGGACGGGUAACGCUGCCAUGAUCCCACGUCCUUGCUGGGAUCUGGAUUAUUGUUUAUUUUUUUCUUCACACUACGAAGACAAAAUCCACAGAAGAUCAUUAGGACUUCAAUUUAGAAGGGCCAAGACCAUUAAUAAAACUAUUUAAAACCGAAUAAGUUCCAUUUGAAUUCCCUUAUUUAUAAAGCGUGGUUCCGAUACAAGAAAAAAACUACAUAUACCAGCACGAAAGAGGAAAUGGUGUCACCUGACAGGGCCCUCGCUGGGGCCGACGGGAGAUGGAGUCCCGGUGGCUUCGGUGGACUUCCUAAAAAAACAGGCCUAAAUGGUGACAAGGUCAGGCACGCGUUAUUCUGCAUAUUGUAGGUGCGUUUGCUAAACGGAUUACAUUUUUUGCACUUCGGAAUAAGUCGUUAAGAUCUAUUUGACCAAUGUUAUUAUACAUGUGGCGGAAUAAAUUGUAUGAAACAAAAUGCAAUCGUCUUGGCUAGCCGCUAACGCCAUCUUUAGCCAGGCAACUAAACAGAGAACCGACCAGGGGAGGGAGCGAGUGAUGGGGGAUGGGUUAGUUAAAUAAACAUCAUGGUUGUUGUAGUCCAAAAGAAACGCCCGGGUCAUGUAGUGCCGUUCGAUCGCUGGACUGAAAGAACUACAUGUCCCUUCAAAGAUAACGGUAUAGUACGGCGAGAAACUUGACGUGUACAUAGACUUGUAGUUUAGUUAAACGGCUGAAUUCAUUAAAUCAAACGCCAGCGAUACCCUAAAAGAACUACAUGGACCAUAACUGAUUAUAUAGGUUGUUAUAUUCAUCGCUUUGGUCAAUGCGACAGAGCUAUCGCUGCCCUACACAGGUUGUUAAACUCUCCGAUAGAUUUAGUGAGUCAAAACAAACAACUUUGAUGGUAGAACUCGUACUGAAUAACAUGGAGAUAAUCGACAGCAUUGUUACAGAUGGUCUUGAGGUGGAGGGAAAGGUAUCUAAUAUGGGCCAGAAUCUUGAGACUGACAAAACAAAAGCAGAGUUUGUGUGGACCCUGCAGGCCACGUGGCACCUGGUCCACAUCCGUCUGGAGAUGGACCAGCUCUUCGACCAGCCCGUCUGCAAGAAGAAGAAGCUGUGGGAGCUCGUGUCGGAGAAGAUCAACGCCAAGCUGAGCGAGAGCGCCGACUCGGAGGUCAGCGCCAAGGCCUACGAGUGCGACCUCAAGUGGCGCAACAUGCUGGCCACGUACCGCAAGAACGCCGAGCGCGCCCGCCGGCUGGGCGAGGGCAGCGUGCACUGGGAGUUCUUCAAGGCCAUGCACGAGGUGCUGGGGAAGAGCCGCGAGGAGGUGGAGGCCCAGCGCCGAGCCAGGCUCUGCGGCACCAAGCUGGGCAAGGCCAUCGCCAGCAAGAGGUUCACGCCCAUCCUGCCCACGCCGUCGGCCGGGGGCGGGCCACGCCCGCCGCAGGACGUCCUCCAGCUGUACAUGGAGCUGCAGGAGCGGAAGAUGAACAUGUGGGCCCAGCAGAAGGCCCUGGAGGAGAGGAAGAUCGAGGCCAUCAACAACCUGGCCCAGGCCAUCUCCAGCCUGGCUCAGAAGAACGCUGACCCGUUUGUGAAGGAGGGACCGUAGAUAUAACUUAAACUCGACAUCCCAGGAGAGCUCCAUCCCUGGUGGAUUCACCGCUGUACAUAAAGAGGGAACAGUCACCUGCCCAGCCUUCUCUCAAUUAGCUUCUCAACGAACUAUGAGUUGAGUAGCUAACUAUGAGUAGCUGUUAGUUGGGGAUUACCCCCACCCAUGUGUAGGCAACAACGUGGAAGACAAUGUCCCCAUGCACACAUGGAGGGGUUUGGGUGGAGGUCCGGACGUAGCGGGGAAAUCGACGUGGAGAUACUUUAGUGCCGGUCUGUACAGAAGUGUGAUAGCAUUUUUAACUGUAAAAAUGUGGAUAUUAUGAAAGGGUUCACUGGAUGAACGCGAUGUGCUGCAGUAUUGUCCUUAAGAAGAUGGGGAGAAUUGUCCUCGUAGUGGUAAGUUGCGAUUGAAAAUCGAAUUGAGUAUGCUAACAUCCAUGCGAAUAAAAAGGUACUUUGGGACUCAUGAAUUGCCAUUCUCCGACUGUGGUCAUUAUUUGUUAAAUUAUUUUAAUUUUUCAGUUGUAACGUAAACU